GAGGGGGCAUGGCCGGCGGCACGGCACGGGGCGGGUGGCAGCAGCGGCGGCGCCGGGGCCGGAGGAAAGCCCCCAGCCGGUGAUCCCGUUUUCCCGAGCGGCUCCCCCCGCCCCCGGGCCCGAGGGAGGGCGAAGGAGGGCCCCGAGGCCAUGCCAGGCUCUCCCGGGCCCGCGUAGCCCCGCUGCCGCCCCCGAGAAGAGGAGGAGGAGGAGGAGAGACAGGCUGGCACCAUGGGCCCGGGCAGUGCCCUCCGUGCCCGGGGGAUGAACGCACCGCCAUGGACGGCCCGGCCCGAACAGACCCCCUGAGCCGGGGCCUGCUCCCGCAGCCGCCCAGCACAGAGCCCGGGGGGCACGGAGGUGCCAGGAUGGGGGUGGAGGGCUACUCCUCCUGCCCCCCGCAGCCUCCCCACCUACUGCCCGGGCCCUGCGAGGCGGCGGCGGGCACCAGCGGGGGCGGGUCGGUGCCCCCCGGGGCCGGGGGCUUCGCCCCCUCCUCCGCUGCCAGCCCCAUGCGGGAGGGGCGCGGUGGGCAGAGCGGAGGGCACCUGUGCCCGCUGCAGAGCGAGGGAGCCGCAGUGCUGGUCGCCAAGGAGUGCCCGCUGUUGGCAUGUCGGGGCAGCCGGCCGGAGGGCCCCAAGAGGAGGCGGUCGGACGGCGGUGAUGCCCAGGGACAGGGCACCCAGGCCAAGAGGUGCCAGGCCGGGCCCACCCCGGCCGAGCGGCUGGCCGCGGACUACAUCGUGCCCUGCUUGAGGUACUAUGGCAUCUGCGUGAAGGAGGGCUUCCUGGGGGCGGCCCUGGGCACGCAGGUCCUGCGCGAAGUGGAGGCCCUCAACCGACAGGGCCGCUUCCGAGACGGCCAGCUGGUCAACCAGAGGGCCAUCCCCUCCCGGAGCAUCCGCGGGGACCAGAUAGCCUGGGUCGAGGGGCACGAGCCCGGCUGCCAGGGCAUCGGUGCCCUCAUGGCCCGGGUGGACGAGGUCAUCCUGCACUGCGCUGGACGCCUCGGAGGCUACGUCAUCAACGGCAGGACCAAGGCCAUGGUGGCGUGUUACCCGGGCAACGGACUGGGCUAUGUGCGGCAUGUGGACAACCCGCAUGGGGAUGGGCGCUGCAUCACCUGUAUUUAUUACCUGAACCAGAACUGGGACAUUAAGGCCCACGGAGGUUUGCUGCAGAUCUUCCCAGAAGGGCGGCCGGUGGUCGCUAACAUUGAGCCGUUGUUUGACAGGUUGCUCGUCUUCUGGUCCGACAGGCGCAACCCACACGAGGUCAAGCCCGCCUACGCCACCAGGUACGCCAUCACCGUCUGGUAUUUCGACGCCAAGGAGCGGGCCGCGGCCAAAGACAAGUACCAGCUAGCCUCGGGCCAAAAGGGCGUCCAGGUGGCCGUGUCCCAGCCAAGCCAGCCCAUCUAACGUAGACAGACGGAUGGACAGAUGUCACCCCCUUCUUCCUCGCCCCCCGCCUCCUGGGCCGCUACCUGGCCGUGCGGCUCGGACCGGUGCCACCGCCUCCUCUGCCUCCUCUUUCACCCGGGCCGCACCCGCCUCUGCCCACCGUGGAGAGACAAGGGCCAGGAGAAGCGGGAGCUCGCCGCCGGCGGGGAAGGGACCCUAACCCUUUUUGGAACUGAAGGGAGUGGGAGGAAGGUGAAGACAGACAUCUAGAAGGGAGGGGUCCUGCUCGGUCUCUCCCUCCAUCCCCUCAGGCCGGUGCCAGGGUAUAGGCCGACAUGUCCCCCGGGUGGGACGGCGGGGUCCGGCGCUUCUCCGGGGGGGCGGGACUGGAAGCCUCAGGGUCGGGCGGGUCAUGGCCUCUUGCUGGCAAAGUGGGGGGCAGCACCCCCACUCCUCCAGCCUGGAAUGUGAAGUGACCCGUCGCCCCGACUGAACCGUGCCCCCCUCCACGGAAGGCGGGCCCGGAAUGUGCAUGGACGGCCUGCCGUGGAAUUAAAAGUUUACCUCAUGGA